CCGGUUCAGCGCGUCCCGAGCCGCCGCGGCAGCGCGGGCUAAGGCGGCGGAGCGAGGCCGGGGAUCGGGGGCGGCGCGCAGGCGGGCGGGGAGGAGCCGCGGACCUCCGCCUUUCGGCCGGCCGGCGCGUCCCCUCCGCCUCGCCUCUUUGUUCUUUCCUUCUUUCCUUCCUCCGCGGCCGCCGCGAGCAGGAGGCGGCGGCGCCCGGCUAUGGGCGGCGGGGCGGGCUCGGCGGCACAGAGAGCGCGACGCUGCUCGGGGCCGCCGCCGCCCCGGAGAACACUGCCCGCCGCCGCCCGCCAGAGAUGAACGCCGGCCGCUGUCGCCCGUGCGCGCCGCCGUGAUCCCGCCUUCGCUCGCGGCGGUGGCCGGGCCGUUGCCAUGGUAGACCCGGUGGGCUUCGCCGAGGCGUGGCGCGCCCAGUUCGCCGACUCGGAGCCGCCCGCGAUGGCGCUGCGCUCGGUGGGCGACAUCGAGGCGGAGCUGGAGCGCUGCAAGGCGUCCAUCCGCCGCCUGGAGCUGGAGGUGAACAAGGAGCGCUUCCGCAUGAUCUACCUGCAGACGCUGCUGGCCAAGGAGCGGAAGAGCUACGACCGGCAGCGCUGGGGCUUCCAGCGCGGCCCCGACGCCGACGACGCCGACGAGCCGCCCGCCCGCUCGCGGCCCCCCGCCCUCCGCAAGCUCUCUGCGCACAGCGACGGCAGCUCGGAGGCGGACGGCGCGCCGCCCGGCGAGGAGGAGCGCGGCAAGCCGGCCGCCGCGGACGAGAAGCCCAAGGAGGAGGGCGCCGCGGCGGGCUCGCCGGGCAGGGCGCGGCCGGCCCCCGGCGGGAGUCGCCGCCGCCUGCCCAGCGCCUCGGCCGAGCGGGACCGCGACCGGGACCGGGACGGGGGCGCCUUCGAGCCGGCGAGCAGGGAGCGCGGGCAGGGCGGCGGCGGGGCGCUGCUGCGCUCCGGCUUCGAGCGCGGGAGGAAGGUGCCCUCGUCGCCGCCGCGGCUGCCGGACGGCCGGGAGGCGGCCGAGAAGCCCUUCUACGUGAACCUGGAGUACCACCGCGAGCGAGGCCUGGUGAAGGUCAACGACCGGGACGUCUCGGACCGCAUCAGCGCGCUGGGCAGCCAAGCCAUGCAGCUGGAGGCGCGCAAGAAGCUGCCGGGGCCGCUGCGGGGCCGCUCGGCCGAAGGCGCCGCCGCCGCCGCCGCCUACGACGACGGGGGCGAGUACGAGGACGCGGAGCUGAACGCGCGCUUCCUGCGGGAGAACGUGCUGCUGGACGGCGGCGGGCGGGCGGCCUGGACGGCGGCGGCCGCCUUCCAGCCCUACCAGAGCGUCUACGUGGGCGGCCCGGCGGGGGCGGCCGAGCAGCCCCUCACCUGGCCGCGCCGCUCCUACUCGCCGCGGAGCUUCGAGGACCUGGGCGGCGGCGGCUACACGCCGGACUGCAGCUCCAACGAGAACCUGACGUCCAGCGAGGAGGACUUCUCCUCCGGCCCGUCGAGUCACGUGUCGCCCAGCCCGACGGCCUGCCGCCUCUCCCGCGAGAAGAGCCGCUCGCCCUCGCAGCACUCGCAGCAGUCCUUCGACAGCAGCGGCAGCCCCCCGACCCCGCAGGGCCCCAAGAGGCACCGGCAGCACCAGCAGGCGGGGGGCCCCGAGGCCGCCGCCGGGGGGCCGAGGAAGGGCGGGCAGGACGGCUGCUUCCAUGGCGACCCAGAUAUUCCUUUCGGUGGCAUGCCACCUGGCUAUGCUUUUGACGUGGACAGAGCUGAAGAACAGAGGCACCACCAUGACGUGAUGCCCUUCAUUGAUGAUUCCCCCUCUUCUUCACCCCAUCUUAGCUCCAAGAGCCGAGGCAGUCGAGAUGGGUUCUCUUCAGGAUCCCUGGAGUCUUCAAAAUCAAGUGAGCCGGACCUGGAAAAGGGUCUGGAGAUGAGGAAGUGGGUCCUGUCAGGCAUCCUGGCCAGUGAGGAAACCUACUUAGGCCACCUUGAGGCUCUCUUGCUGCCCAUGAAGCCUUUGAAAGCAGCUGCCACCACCUCCCAGCCGGUGCUGACAAGCCGGCAGAUUGAGACCAUCUUCUUCAAAGUGCCUGAGCUGUUUGAAAUCCACAAGGAGUUCUACGAUGGGCUUUUCCCUCGUGUUCACCAGUGGAGCCACCAGCAGCGAGUGGGCGACCUCUUCCAGAAGCUGGCCAGCCAGCUGGGAGUGUACCGGGCCUUCGUGGAUAACUAUGAGGUUGCCAUGGAGACGGCCGAGAAGUGUUGCCAAGCCAACGCGCAGUUUGCAGAAAUCUCGGAGAAUCUCAAAGCUAGAAGCUCCAAGGAUGCAAGAGACCAGACAACAAAAAACUCUUUGGAAACGCUCCUCUACAAGCCGGUGGAUCGGGUCACUCGCAGUACGCUUGUGCUCCACGAUUUACUGAAGCACACCCCAUCAAGUCACCCCGACUAUCUGCUCCUGCAGGACGCACUCCGCAUCUCCCAGAACUUCCUCUCUAGCAUCAAUGAAGAGAUCACCCCCAGGAGGCAAUCCAUGACUGUCCAGAAAGGGGAGCACCGGCAACUCCUGAAGGACAGCUUCAUGGUGGAGCUGGUGGAGGGAUCUCGAAAGCUGCGUCAUGUCUUUCUCUUCACGGAUCUGUUCCUCUGUGCCAAGCUCAAGAAACAGAUUGGAGGGAAAAGCCAGCAGUAUGACUGUAAGUGGUACAUACCCCUCUCAGAUCUCAGUUUCCAGAUGGUGGAUGACUCAGAGACUAUGCCAAACAUCUCCCUCGUGCCAGACGAGGAGCUGGAUGCCAUGAAGAUCAAGAUUUCCCAACUCAAGAGUGACAUCCAGCGUGAAAAAAGGGCUAAUAAGGGCAGCAAGAACCUGGAGAGGCUGAAGAAGAAGCUGUCUGAACAGGAGUCCCUGCUUCUCCUGAUGUCUCCUAAUAUGGCUUUCCGAGUGCAUAACCGCAAUGGCAAAAGCUACACGUUUCUCAUCUCCUCAGACUACGAACGGGCAGAGUGGCGGGAGAUUAUCCGGGAGCAGCAGAAGAAAUGCUUCAAAAGCUUUUCGCUGACAUCGGUGGAACUCCAGAUGCUGACAAAUUCUUGUGUGAAGCUUCAGACGGUACAUCACAUUCCCCUCACGAUUAAUAAGGAAGAUGAUGAACCCUCUGGUCUCUAUGGAUUCCUGAAUGUCAUUGUCCAUUCCGCCACUGGCUUCAAGCAGAGCUCAAGCCUGUACUGCACCCUUGAAGUGGACUCCUUUGGGUACUUUGUGAACAAGGCCAAGACGAGGGUCUACCGGGACACCGUGGAGCCCAACUGGAACGAGGAGUUUGAGAUAGAGCUGGAGGGCUCCCAGACCUUGCGGAUCCUCUGCUAUGAGAAAUGCUACCACAAAACCAAGCUCACGAAAGAAGAAGGCGAGACCACGGACCGCAUCGUGGGCAAAGGCCAAAUCCAGCUGGAUCCCCACACCUUGCAAGAUAAAGACUGGCAACGCACCGUCAUCUUGAUGAAUGGGGUGGAAGUGAAGCUCUCCGUGAAGUUCACAAGCAGAGAGUUCAGUCUAAAGAGGAUGCCUUCUCGAAAACAAACGGGAGUAUUUGGAGUAAAGAUUGGUGUUGUCACCAAGAGAGAGCGAUCCAAGGUGCCUUACAUUGUGCGCCAGUGUGUGGAGGAGAUUGAACGUCGUGGCAUGGAAGAGGUGGGCAUUUACCGAGUCUCUGGAGUUGCCACUGAUAUCCAGGCUUUGAAAGCUGCUUUUGAUGUCAAUAACAAAGACGUCUCCAUCACGAUGAGCGAGAUGGAUGUGAAUGCUAUUGCAGGGACAUUGAAGCUCUACUUCAGGGAGCUGCCGGAGCCUCUCUUCACAGAUGAACUCUACCCCAACUUUGCUGAGGGCGUUGCACUUUCAGACCCAGUUGCGAAAGAAAGCUGCAUGCUGAACUUACUGCUCUCUCUUCCGGAACCCAACCUCGUCACCUUCCUUCUCCUCCUGGAUCAUUUGAGAAGAGUUGCUGAAAAGGAGAACAUCAACAAGAUGUCGCUUCACAACCUAGCAACUGUUUUUGGACCAACACUACUCAGACCAUCAGAAAAAGACAGCAAAAUCCCUGCAAAUCCAAUGCAACCCAUAGCCAUGACUGACAGCUGGUCACUGGAAGUCAUGUCCCAGGUCCAGGUUCUCCUCUAUUUCCUGCAGCUAGAGACUAUUCCCACCCCAGACAGCAAGAGGCAGAGUAUUCUGUUCUCCACCGAGGUGUAGAAGCCAGCCCAGCCAGGGAAGAAGGUUGUGGCACUUGCUCCUGGAACUGCUCCAUCCAUCCUUCCAACAUUCCUGCCUUUCCUUAUCCACGAAGAGGAGACAAAGCAUUCCCUCCCUCUGCCGCCUGGGAAGCAACAGGCGGAAGACCAUUUUGUUUGGAAGAUUCCUUUCGUCAUACCAGGAAACGAACUCGGCGGAGCAACGGCACUGUGAGUUUCCACAAAUGGAGGAAAGUGACGGGCAGCAGAACCGUGUUGGGAAGGAAUGUGCAAGAAAAAAUUCCUGUGGGAUUUUUGUAGUGGAAUUAAUGUUACGUUUGGGAAGUUUUGAGAGUCCUUUCUACUUGGAUUACUCCAAAGAGCAGAAGGAUAUCACUUCCAUGGCCACAAUUUUGGUUUUUAAUGGAGUUCUGCGAGGAUGUUCACCCAUAAUAGCCACUACUUGCAAAUUUAAACCUUGAUUUAGGCCAUUUUCUUUUUAAUAAAUAAAUUAAUUAGAAGCUUCAUGCACAGUCAGAACUUUUUUUUUUAAAGCUUUUUCUUGCCUUUUAUCCUUUGACUCUCUUUUGGUGGAAAUUUUCACAGAAGACACAUCAUCUGACAACUUAGAGAAUAAAGGCUGGAGACUGGAGGAGAAUGAGAUGAUGACCAGCCCUUAACUUAUCCUCCUUUUUCUGUGGACCAAAAAAUGAUGGGAGGUGUGGAGAAGUUGCUAAAUUCUUCAGGCAUUCUAAAUAUUAGAGAAGAUUACCUGCAAAAUCACCCCCUUUCAGAAACCAAGAUUUCAUCCCUAGUUUUCUGCCCAGUUACAGCAUAAGGACUACAACCUAUUUAUACGAUGGUUUCUCAGCAAUUGGGCAAAAGCCAACGUCUCGCCUCCAAGCUGCUUCAGAUAAACUUUUCUUAGAUCAGGUGGUGGGGACUGGGAAGGCAGGAGGACCCUUGGAUUUUUAUGUCCUUUGUUGAGACUUUGGAAAGACGUUGCUUAUGGAAAAUAUUUUUUUCACUGCCACCCUGUUUUUGCUGGGAAAGAAAUGUUUUGAUAAGAUGUUUUAAUAACUUGUACAAUGAUGAUUGAUGAGGGAGCAUUUUAUAUUUUUCAGAAAUUCCAACAAUUUAAGAUUGAAUAGGCAUCAUUCAUGAAUUGUAAUACUGGAAAAUAAUUAGUACUGGCAAUCAGAAACAGGAAUUAAGUACAGAAUCCUAGCAUAGGAAGGUAUCCCUUUUUAUAUUAUAUAUGGACAGAAACAAUGUCCUUAUCAGUACCCACACGAUCAUGCAGUAUCAUUUUUGUCUUGUUAAUUCAGUAAUUCAUCUUUUACCAAGAUGAUCAGAAGUGACUUAGAAGACUAAGACUCUCAACUCUGACUAAAGGGCAAGGGACCAAGAAGCUAAAUUGAAAUGCUGAUUUUGUUUAGAGAGAGGUUAUUAAUAGGGAAUGAGCAGCUUUCCCCACUGUUUCUCAUACUUCAGACACGUAACAGAAUUCCGCGUAUUAAAGGAGGCCAAAAAGCAGUGCGGAACCAUGAGCCUCCAUGGCUGCUCUGAUGCUUGAGUCGUACAAUGUCAGCUGUUUUAAAACUGGGAAAUAACCCAUCAUGGGAGUGGCCAGACUGCGGUGUCUGCCUAUCUCAGCGUCUUUCAUACCAGGAGAUAUUUAAAUAGGAAGUCCAUACCGCCUUUUUCCUCCCAGAGGUCUAGAAGUUAAAACUCUGUUCUGUUGUCCUAGUUUAGAUGGUAAUGUAUCUCACUUUAUCACAGUGAGAUGUACAAGCCUUGUGCUGGCAUCCACACAUGUUCCUUCCUCCUCAGUCCUCCUGUGUUUGAAACUGUGGAAUUUUUCUCCCAACUCUCUGCCAAGGAAAGGGGCUUUCAGGCAAGUUCAUGGAGAAUAAGGCUGACCAUGGAUGUGAAUCACCUCCAGGGUCCAAAAGCAGCAUCUCUCUCCAUGUCAGUUACAGGAGGAAGGUUCACCUACAGACGGUUCUUCUGAUGUGCUGCAGCCAAAGGGUGCCUCAAUGAAUUAAGGGUUCCCACAGUUCCUGGCUUGCUCUAAAUAUGGGAAUCAUCUUUGUAGGAUAUAAUAAAACAGUUUUCUUGUUUCUGACACCUUGAGAAGGGGAAGGCAGCCCACAUAUGUAAACAAGGUCCAUCUUGGCUUAUUGAGCCAUGUGUGAUUUUUGAAGCCCUCUGUACUAGUUCUUUUAAGAGUAAUUCUAUCACAUUGCAAAUUCUGGCUUUCCCAUUUUCUGGCUGUUGAAUUAAUGCUCACCCUAAAACAUUUUAAAAGAAGAAACAAAGCAAGGUUUAUAGAAUGUUUGAGAAGAUGCUACAAAGCACAUUGAAGAU